UUACAUUACGAUGCACACUUGCUUAUACUCUGGAAUUUAAUGUAUUAGAAAUGAGGAUACACUUAAACUGUUUCUAGUUCACAAGUUUCAAAUAUUAUGCUCUUAUAAGUAAUGGAAAAUGUUUUAUCUUUCUUUCCUUUGCAAAAGGGGGUGUGGGAGCAGACAAUAAGGUUUCUUUACUCUUUAUAUCACUGUACACAUAACUAAUCAUAUGAACCUCAAAUUACUACUUUUUGUACCUAAUAGGCUAUUUUGUUAUUGGCCUCUCUUUGUGGACUUGAGUCCAAAAGAAUAAUCAUUAAAAUCCAUUAAGUAAUACAGGAAACUGGAACUUAACCCACAGAUCGCUGAUUGAAGUGAGAAAUGAGGCAUUACAGUGACUAAGUCAGCUGCUUAGCUUCCUCCUAAGUCUCACUGUUCUUGCUUAUUUUUGCUUGCCUUCUGCUCAUUCUAUGUCUUGGUUUAGUAACCUUUGCAAACUUCAGACCUUCCUUACUCUUCCUCUACACUUUACUCCUUACUCAUGAUUGUCCUUAAUCACUUCCUUUCUUUCCUCUUCACCUAGGCUCUUGUUAUUAUUGAGUAUCUAUCACAAUUCUUAAAAUAGAGACUUUCAUGGUUUAAUUUCUGUUCUUAUGGAUGAAGAGCACCAAGUAUUAGGAACUCAUUCUAAUAAAAUAGAUGUUAGCUGUUUUGAAUUCUUACUUUGUAUUAAACAAAUUUUAAUUGAUGUUCUAUGGAUUAAUUGAUGUUCAAUGUAUUCCUGAUAAUUGAUUGCAUCUUUGAGAUGCACAUUAUGCAUGUUUGUAUGUGCUUGAAAACUUAUAGGCAGGUCUGUUUGUAAUUGAAAUUUGAUAUACAGGUCUGGGUUGCACAAGAAAUGCCAUCUCUGUGAAAGCUGCUCUGCAAUUUACCGAAGGCUUUUGCCCUUCGGUAAAUGCCCACUGUUGGUCAUUACCGAAGGCUUCUGCCCUUCGGUAAAUACCCUCGUUUGGUCAUUACCGAAGGCUUCUGCCCUUCGGUAAUUACCGAAGGCUUUUGACCCUCGGUAAUUACUGAAGGCUUUUGGCCCUCGGUAAUUACCGAAGGGCGAAAGCCCUCGGUAAUUGUUAGCGACAAGGGAUUUACCGAAGGAUUUUUGGCCGUCGAUAAGCCUUCGGUAAACACCCAUUAUCGACGGCCUGUGGCUUUUACCGAGGGCUUCUGGCCUUCGGUAAUGCCCUACUUUUUUGUAGUGGAUGGUGCACAAACAGUAUAGAGAAUACAAGAAGUGAUCAAAUCCAAGAAGUAAAAGAGGUUGUUGUCGGAUAAGCACAUCGCUGUCUGGUUUUUGAUUCCCCUGAGAAAUUGGUGUCGGCGCCGGCUGCAGUAGUAUACGUAUGAGAGUAUUAAGUAACAGUUGUUUUCCCCUUUGAAAAUGAUUGCAUACCCUUCUUUUCCUUUUUCCACCAAACACGCCAUUUUCCACCCUUCAACCCUCACCAACAUAUUACCACAUUUCUCCUCUCACUAUCCUUUUCUCCCCCCUUUUUCCAACAUUAUAGUUGUAAUCAACUCUUCUACUUCUUAUUCCCUUACCCUUUUAUUCCCCUUUUCCAUGCAUCAUUAAUAUAUACAUACAUUACCAUCCAUAAACUUUUAAGACAAACAUUGAUUUUUACCGUAUACACAUAUUAGGAUGCAGAAGGUGUGAAAGCACAGGCUAGGACGAAAACUACAGUGAAAUUGAUUUGAAAGGCAUAGAAAAAGCCAUGAGUUUUGAAAAUUAAUUGUCUGAAUAAGAAAAGAGAAAAUAAGUGAUUUAAUUUCUGAAGAAAGUGUCUCCCGUUGUAGACAAAUGUACAGGCACUAAUUUAUUCUCUGGUCUCUCAAAGGUCACGAUCUUUCUCACUUCUCAUUUCCAUUCCUUCUUCUACCUCGGGCAACACAACACAUUAUAUUUUAUUUAUUUAUUUAGCAACAAAAUAAAAAUGUACCAUUGUGUUUCUUUGGUAGGAUCCCAUUCUUCCACAACAGUUCAAACUUUGCUCCCUCAUUCCUCACCCAACUGCCUCUCACGUACACAAUACGCACACAGUAAUUUCUACCUAAAAAGCUGCCCAACAAUACACCGUACCUAAACCACCACAACGACAACGGACACUUCACACAUCAUCGUUACAUCACCCUCUCCCCACUCCUUAAACCUCUUCAUUCUCCACACACCAACAACAUUAUUCAUUACAAACAAAAAAACAUGCUUCCCUUCCGGAGAUUCUACGGCUUCCAGAGUUGGCUAGACCACGACUCUACCCACGUCCCCAACACUUUCAUUAAACGGUCAGUGGAGUUCGACGGCACCAGAUCAAAAGCCGACCGCAAAUCAACGGAAGCAUGCAAGAGUCACAGGGAAGCCGAGAGGAGACGCAGGCAGAGAAUCAACUCUCACCUAUCCACCUUACGAUCCCUCCUUCCUAACGCCGCCAAGUCGGAUAAAGCGUCGUUGCUGGCGGAAGUUGUUGAGCACGUGAAACGGUUAAAGAAGCAGGCCGCUGAAGUGGCGUGCGUGGACGGCGGCGAACCAGGUGCGGUUCGGUCUGAGGCGUGGCCGCUUCCCGGGGAGUGCGACGAGGCGACGGUGAGUUGGUGCGAGGGGGAGGCGAAUAGGGUAAAGGCGACAGUGUGCUGUGAGGACCGGGCCGGUCUGAACCGCGACGUGACACGGGCAAUCCGGUCGGUUCAGGCAAAGCCGGUUCGCGCGGAAAUGAUGACGGUUGGGGGAAGGACGAAGAGUGUGGUGGUGGUGGAGUGGGGUGAAGAGGAGGUGGAGGUUGGGGCGCUGGAACGGGCUUUGAAGGCCAUAGUGGAGAAUCGGGCUUUGGUGGGCUUUGGAAUGGGCCCUAUUGUUUUGGGCCAGAAACGGGGUAGGGAUUGUUGCGGUUCGCCUACUUCUUCUUGAGAGGAAUGGGAAAAUCGGCUAGCGCGUAAUUAAUUUUGUUUUAUUUUUUUAUUUGGUAUAAGAAAUAUUUAGAUUUUAGUUA